ACAGUCUCUCUCUCCCUCCUCUCUCUGUCUGUCUCCAUCUCUUCUCUUCCUCACUGGUCCCUUAAGCCUGCUGCAUCACAGGAGCUAUCCAGUGCUGAACAGGAUCGCUUUUAUUUUUUAUUUUUUUAUUUUUCUGGGGGAAGCUGGGGGAGCCAGAGAGUUUCACACAGCAUUGCCGUCAGCCUUGUUCACCACUGGUUUCCAUUUUCUUUCUUAUCUUAUGUUUUUGGCCGUUGUCUUCACAUUAACCGCAAGGAUUACCGUCAAGCCGGCUCUGCUCGUGUGCUUCCACAGAGGGUCUUUCAUUUUCGCUCAUGCGUUUUUCUCAGCUCUGUGUUUUUAUCCAUUGAAACAUGCCCCGCUCAUUUUUGGUCAAGAAGAUCAAGCUUGAUGAUUUCUCUUCGUCCAAUGUGGCCACUUCCAAUCAUCAUCACCACCUGGACGACUCGUUCACUUUUGCACGCUCCAUCACAGACUCGGUGACCAGCCUUGGGGUUCGUCUCAGUGAGAAUGGCUACAUCCAGGAUUACAUCACGCCAUCUGUAUACCAGGGGGAGAAGAAGAUGGAGCUGAAGCUGGCUUCGCCGGUGUCAGAUCCCCUCUACACCCAGGUGAGCAGCGGAGAGGAGUACUGUGACCCCGACCUGAAGCACCCCGACAGCCCGCAGUCUGGCAUGACCGCCAGUGGCUUCUACAGUGGUGAAUCGGAGGCCCUGGCCGAGGGUUACACCAUGGAUGCCUUCUUCAUCUCUGACGGGCGCUCGAGGCGGAAGGGAGACACCGAGAGUCGUGGAGGAGGUUCGAGAAGCAGCAGUGCCAACGGCGGGGCUCAGGAGAGGGGCACCGGCACGGCUCGCCACUCCUGCAACGAGUGUGGCAAGACGUACGCCACCUCCUCCAACCUCAGCAGACACAAGCAGACGCACCGCAGCCUGGACAGCAAGAUGGCCCGCAAGUGUCCCACCUGUAAUAAAGUGUACGUGUCCAUGCCAGCGUUGGCCAUGCACAUCCUCACCCACGACCUCAAGCACAAGUGCGACGUGUGCAGCAAGGCCUUCAGCCGGCCGUGGCUCCUCCAAGGUCACAUGCGCUCACACACGGGGGAGAAGCCCUUUGCCUGCGCACACUGUGGCAAAGCCUUUGCUGACCGUUCAAACCUCCGCGCCCACAUGCAAACACACUCUGCCUUCAAGCACUACAGAUGCAAGCGCUGCAAUAAGACCUUCGCUCUCAAGUCCUACCUGAACAAGCACUAUGAGUCGGCUUGCUUCAAGGGCUCUGCGGACGAAGACGACUCUGGAUCAGAAGACUAACCACGAGGAAGAAGCAAAAUUUUGAACCCCUGUUGUAGGUUCACAACCAAUAACCCUGUUCACUCUGCCCUCCAUGCCUUUUUUCUUCCCUUUUUUUAGAAAGCAAUAUUUUCACUGAGAUUACGUGAAGAAACUCUAAUGAUUAUGGCAAAGACAAUUUCAAAAGAUGCUGGAUUUUUUCCCUGCACAGUAGCUAAUCGUCCACAGAAACAUACAAUCAAACAACCUUCCCCCAAAUAGAGACUGUAGAUGAUAGUUGUACACAAUUAAGCAACAUGUGCUCGCACGGACGUGGGUUCAUGUCAACACACACACUCACACAGACAUGUAUGCAAACACACACACACACACACACACACACACACACACGCACACACACGCACACACACACACACACACACACACACAUAUUAAUGUACGCACGUGUGCACACACACUUACACACACAAUUAUAUAUGAGGCCUGGCAUGUGAAUUUUUAUCAAUGACUAUAAUGAUAUUGAUAUCAAUAGUAAUAAUAUUUAGAUUCCUGAUAUUUUAUAGCAAAUAGUAAUGAGAAAAUGAAAAAAAAAACAUAAAAAAGGACUAACAGUGUUCUUUUGUUUUUUAGAGACAAAAUGACCUCUUGUAUUUUUAUGCUGCUUUUUAUUUGCUAAGAAUUGAAUUCUUUUGCAACUGCCAACAUGAACUUUUUAUGAAAAUGUGAACUAUGACAGUAUUUGCAAAAAAGGGAGAUCAUUUUAAAAGGUAAAAAGACAACCCCCUUUUUCCACACCAAUGUUUCAAUUCAACGGAUGUUAUUUUUCUAUUUGAUUUUUCUAAAUUUAUUUUUUUGUGCUUAUUAUCCCUUGUUGAUCUAAAGCAUCUUUGUAACUGUGGGUAUUUGAAAAAAAAAAGAAGCUAAUUUAAAUAAGCUAUACACUAUCACAGGCCAUAGGUCAUUCAAUUCAAAUCUGCAAGAGCAGUGAUUUUAAAACGUCUAACAGGCCUGUUGAACAGGUUAUCACGCAUCAAAUUCAUAGUCUCACCCUGAUGUACAGACUUGGACUAAAACACUGGGAGCCAGACCAAAUGAUCUAUUGUUAUAAGUGCCAUGUGCGGUUGACUUGUCUAUAGCAAUGAAAACUCUCGUUGUUCUUCCUCCACCAUGGUGGCUUGCAUAAACUCUGCUGCCUUUAUGGUGCAUCGUCCAGUCUUAAAGAGCAAUCUUCACCCAGUGUUUGAGGUGCUCCCCCUCUGCCAGUGUUACCUCAGAGUGAAGGUAUGGACUCACACACCCUCAGUUACAAAGUGACAGUCAAAUUAUUCUGUUUGUCUGUUUUAUAUGUCGCUCAAAGCUCCGCCCACGGUUUAGAUGCAUACCAUCUAUUUAUCAUGUAAAUACUUUAUUUAACUACCUAUUUAUCUAUUUAUUUAUUCACCUUAUUUUGUGUAUUUAUUGAAGACUUGCUUAUUUGUUAAUUAUCAUGUAUUUAUUUAUUGUUUAUAAUUUAAAAAAUGAACAUCCAUUGACCUUGUAAGAUGCUGCUGAUCUUCAAAGAAAAUGUUUAUAUGCAUGAAAACUGUAGAGAGUCCAUGGGACUUAGUUUUUUAAAGAGGAACAAUGUACAGUACCAGUGUUAGGAGACUUCAAAUGAAUGAAUGCAGAAUUAACUUUUGUUUUUCGUGGCAAUAACUUUACUGACACAGCAACUGACAUGUAUAACAAUCACAGCUGUCCUGUUUUCAGUCGAUUUAGGGCAAUAAAAAGAAACGAUGAUAACGAAACACUAAAA